AUGAGUACUCCACGCAAGCAGAAUUUCAGAACCUAUCUUUUUUCCCCAAACAACAUCACGUCCGUCGAGGAUGUAAAAAAUGCGCUUCUUGAAUUACAAUCCAUCUUUACUGAACAGAACUACGAACAUGUUCUUGAUGAGCUGCUCCAGACGCCGUUCCUCGUCGAACUUGUAUUAUCAGAUCUGAGUACCCUUUCGGUCAAAACAUGGUUACUCGAGAAAUUCCCAACAUCGCCCGCAUCAUAUAUCUCAUCAGUGACUUGCCAGCUUCUGUUGAAGCUUGCUACUUUCUUCGUAUUUCCUCCGAUUUCAUUCUCCCAAGAGGUUCUUGACCUCAUGAGGGAAUUUCACACGACUGUGACACAUGCGCCAGCGGUCUUACAUGAUCUUUUCGCGAUGUCCUUUGCGGAUGAGGGACAACAUGAAGAAACCAAGGGGUUGUCCAAAUUCUCGAAGGGCAAGUCGAAAAGCCAGUGGAAAGGCAAGCAAGAAAAGAAGGCUGCAAUAAGACGUAUCAGCGUUGACCCUAAGCCCUUUGCCGCCCUUGCAUUGAUUGUUCCCAGCACCCUCAAGGAAAAAGACGACGCCAUGUCCGACUUACUCGUUCGUCUCAAAAGUAUUCUUGAAUUUUAUCUCGAUAAUAUCUCUUUGCCAGCUAUGUCCCAACAUCUGAAAGAGGCCCUCGUCCCCAGAGAGCAACCAUCAUACCUCGCAGACCCAGCUACUCCCUCUGGGGUUUCAAGUUCCGCUAAGAUCACCACCACAGACUCGCAAUCUUUGAAAACGUUCGCUGUCUCGCCUGUCCGUCAAAUGAUCUCACUCACCGUCCACCGCAGCGCCCACUACUUUGACAGCGUGAAAGGAUUUGGUGAAUGGGCUGUUUACAUUUCAACAGCAGCUGACGGUCAUCUCCGAGAAUAUCACCGGAAGGACAAGAAAACUUUUGAGACUAUUGUCAAGAAAAUCAGAGAAUUAUCGAACGGCCAAUUUUCCCACAACAAUCAGAAGAGAUUGAGUGGUCCAACUACCCAAGUUCCGAUAUUCGAGGCGGACGUUGCACCAGAUCUCAGACUUGUGUAUCAAAUUGAUUGUGUCUUUGUCCCCAGCAGCAGUGAGGAGACUGAGCAACAAGGUGCAGCUAUGCGCAAGUAUAGGAGAAGGCCAGAUAAAACCGGGGACAAGGUAUACUCACCAGCCUCCUGGCCAAUAUUGGAAGACGCAGAAGCGACACAUGAUGUCAGCGUGCCAGACCUACCUCCGGAUGAGUUAAGCCAGCUGCACUCUACUUUCGUUCUUGAGAAAUUCAUUACGUUCUCCAAGCUAAUUGUAACAGGCAUGCUUGCGGACCUUGAUGCGUCUUUUCCAUUCGAAGUCUCGAAAACCACAACAAUGCUCUUCAGGAUGUUACGGGUUGAGAGAACAUAUCAAUUAUGCACGGAACGUGCAAUCAAACCAAGGCAGGUAUUCGUAACUAAGUCUCGUCUUCUAGCGGCAAAAGUAGGAGAGUACUUCGAGAAACUAUCGAAUUCGCUCGCAACUGGGUCCUGUUCGCCUCAGGAACUAAAACAGCUCGCAAAAGCGAAACAAACACAAGCUCAACUAGAUCAUCUUGUAGCACUGGAUGAUAUACCCGAUUGGCGAAGUGACUUGCCAUCCAAGUAUAGUGAUUUGGAGGAUCGCCAUUUUCCUCUCUUCAUAACCUUUGAUCAGUUAUGCUUGAUGCUUGAAGCCAGUCAAUUUGAGAAAGUCGGCCAUGACAAUGAACACAGUUGGCAUGGUUCUCACCCCAUGCGUGUCGGUUUUCAAACACAAAACGGAGGCUCGAGCAGACCAUCUUCGUCAACAAAGGGACUGGGCAUUAUCUGUGGCUCCGAACAGACCGCCUCCACGUCUCGUGGAUUUAUGGAUCGUGCAUCCUAUGAGAAGCUCAGCAGCCGAACUCACCCAACAUUCGCGCAGCAACGGACAACCAUUUACGACAUAUUCCUUCACUAUCGUCAGAAAAAAAUUGACUUGGGUGAUUACGACGCGGCCGAAAGGACUCAUAAAAUCAUUGCAGGUUUUGCCCAGCAUGGUGUUCCUGGAAGGAAGUUGGACCGUCUGUACGUCGACGAAGCCCAGGACAAUCUUCUCGUCGAUGCUCUGCUGUUAAGAUCAAUUUGUGGUAAUCCCAAUGGGUUGUUCUGGGCCGGGGACACAGCGCAAGCGAUAUCGAUUGGAAGCUCUUUUCGAUUUGAUGAUCUCAAAGCAUUCUUGUUCAGAGUUGAGAAUCAACGAGAAUCGAGGAUCUCUUCUUCCCGCACCCGUCAUCUGAUUCAAGAACCCCCGAAGACUUUCCAAUUAUCCGUCAACUACAGAUCUCAUGGAGGCAUCGUCAACUGUGCCCACUCGUUAGUUGACUUGAUCUCCCGUUUCUGGCCAUAUUCGAUCGACAUCCUGGCUCCUGAAAAGGGAAUUGUGGAUGGUGCUAAGCCCACAUUUUUCAGCGGCGGGAAUACAAGUACUCCCAAUCAUCGACAAUUUCGUUUCCAAGAAGCAAAUGAUACUGUGAUCGAAUUCGGAGCUCACCAAUGCAUCCUGGUGCGCGACGAGGCUGCGCGAGAGAGACUUCACAGCCAGGUUGGACCAAUUGGCAUUAUUUUGUUGUUGCAUUAUGUGCUCGGAGAUACUGUCGUUCUCUAUAAUUUCUUUCACGACUCAACCCUUGAUGUGUCACAAUGGAGGGUCAUUCUAAAUGCUGUCGACCUUGAAGUAAGGGCUUUGCGUGUUCCUGGUUCUUCCAUCAUUAACGUCUUACAGCUGAAAUUCUUGUAUGUUGCGAUCACGAGGGCUCGCAACAACUUAUGGAUAGUAGAUUCGUCCAUGAAAGCCCAUCCAAUUAACAUGUUUUGGACAAGCCGCAAUCUAAUUAUCAAUUCUGCUUCUGAGUUCCACUUUACCGAUCUCGCAGUGGAGUCUAGUCCUGAGGAGUGGGGGGCAAGAGCGAAGGACUUCUUCGAUCGGGAACAGUUCGCACAAGCACGGCGUGCCUACGAGAAAGCGUUGCUUCCCCGUGCUGCUGCUGUGGCAAAUGCGUAUCAUCUGCGCGAAAUUGCGCGAAACUGUUCAACUGGAACCUCCCGAGGUCUUCUUGAACGCCGCAUGAAUGCUUUUACAGAUGCCGCAGAGGCGUUUCUUUGUUGUGCUGGACAAGCGGUUCAGACGCCCGAAGACUACUAUCGUGCCGCUGCUGGUUGUUUCGAGAAGGCGGGUGAUGGUCCCGCUGGCGCUUCGGUUCACCUUGCAAACGCUGCUCGAACGUAUCUUCUCGCCAAAUGCUUCACAAAUGCAGCUCAGCUGUUCAAAAAAGCAGCAAUGUUCGAUGAAGCAAUUGAUGUUAUUACUAAGUAUGCAGGAAAGGUCGAAGAAAGAGUUGCCGCCCAGAUCAAAGACGUCGCACGUUUGAGAUAUUUUACUACAAAAGAGUUCGAGAAAGCACACAAAUUAUUUGACACGGUCGAGGAAGAGCUUGAAUAUCUUGACGACCGAAACUUGGAUGGAGCACAAAUAGAACUUUUGGUGUCCCAUGGACGAGUGGCUGACGCAGCCGAGCUCCACUUGUCAGAGGGUCGCACAAUCGAAGCUCUGGAGUUAUUUCUUAAGGAUAAAGGUGACCCAAACCAAUCCAUGCAACGGGCUAUCCAUUGUAUCCUACAGGGUUUGUGGCGGGAAUUUUCAUUGGGGAUUCGAAAAUCUCCUAAUGACAUGGUCGUCAAGUUUCUUUCCUAUGCUGGUUCGAUAGAUCAAUCUCUUCUCCGCCAAAAUGAGCUUGACGAGAUCGAACUGUUCAAAACGAUCUCCUCUGGGACAUUAAAGAAUCUAGUCUCCCUUGCCGACAGGUUCUUCGAGGGACAAAACCUGUCUGCCGCUCUCUUAUCGCUUGACCAUCACUUUUCGGUACCUCACGCGCUACAAAACAUGGACCUUGAUUCGUUAACAGGUACCCUGCAACCAUUUUCCGUCUACGCCCAACAACUUCAUGACACAGCAUUUCAUGCGGACCCACGCACUAAUGCUCAUGUUUGGAAGGUGCUUGGACUCCGGCCUCAUGGACAGAUUGCCUUCGUGGUCCCACAUGGGACUUUUUUGCAUGAAAAUGUUACUCCUGCUGCUGGGUCUACCGUGGAAGGUUCAAAAGAUCUCAUUGUCUCAAUUGAAAAACUACCUCGAAUCGUUCGCGGUGCACUUUCCGAGCGCCUGCUGGAACGAGUUAAAUCUCAAAAUGACAUGUGCCGCGGAGCAAGAUCUCUUUUCCCCUGCCCACGACAUGUGGUUCUAGGGGGCUGUUUCAAAUACAACUGCACACAAGACCACAUCGAGCCGAACCCAGUUUGGUACAACACCUGGAUUCAGGCGCAUAUCUAUCAAAUCCUGAUUUAUCAGACAAUAAAUCGUGACGAUCUCAACUACCCCUCCGACUUGCGCAACUCACAACGAGCAAAACUGUACGAUGCCCUCAACCCCCCAACUUACAAACUUGGAACAACGAGCAGCUUGAAGCAAGGGUUUUCCGACGGCUUUCGAGCAGGCUUUCAGAUCAUCAUCGACUGGAUUCGUGAAGUUACAUAUAAUCUUGAAUUUUCACCGAAUACGGAGACCCAAUUCCUGACUCAAGUCAUGCAAACUGCAGACUUAAGUUUCACCCUCAACAGGAGAGAGGCGCAACUCUAUCUGUAUCGUUCGAAGUUUACUACUGCGACAACUCCGCCGCAGUACCUUCGAAAACCUGACCAUAAUUCAUUAUUGGAGCUUCUCUCCUCCUAUCAAAACCAUAAAACUUGGAGUGUUCUUGUGGGCACUUUGUUCAUUCGGCAAGUUAUGCAAAACCAACUGCCAGUAGAGAUCGGUGUCCUUUGCACCUACAUCGAGCAUCUCUGUGCCUUAACAGUUGUAUUCAAUCGUGCCCAACGAACAGGGGAUUUGCACAACGUCACUCUUCCUCGCAGCUGGCUCUCCAAGGUUCUAGCCAACUUUAGCCCAGAUGAAGCCGCUGAUAAGACGAUCAAAUUUUGGCUAUUUCCUCCUAUUCUGGGAGAUCUCAUUAAAGAGAUUUAUACCGGCGUUGGCGCUGAACACUUGUUAUUUGGGCCUGAAUUACGACAAUUGAAAGCAGAGGGAAUUCCCGUUCGCAACAUAUUCAUUGCCCGACUUUAUCGUGUCUUGGCGCUUCAGCUCAACCGCCUUGUCCCAGUGGGCUACAAUAUCGGGGAUACUAACUUCAGAAUUCAGAUUUUGAGUGUUGUGAACGCAAUACAAGGAUUCGGCCAGCCCCCAUUCUCCCCCCUCUACAAAAGAUAUGUCAACGCGCGUGGCUGGGGGGGGAUAUCGGCUGCUGUGAGAGAGUCAAUGCAAGGGUCAGCGUUAGAUGAAAUGGUCAAUCUUCAGCACACAACUCGAAUCGCUCUUCCCAUACAGGAGCAUCGAGGUUUGCGGAGGAUUGUAUACUCGGUUGUGGAAGAUAUCCCGGACCUUUUACAAACUGGAUUCAAGCUCUCUUCUUCCACAUCUGAUGGUCCAGAACAUACAUUAGACGUCGUCUCACAGCCGUUAAACGAAGGAAGCGAAGAUGAUAUGGCUGAUCCUAUUGACGACGACGUUUAUGAAAACCCUACAGAGUAUGCCGCGGACCACAACGUUGUCAUUGAGGAUAUUUCGCAAGAAGUAGCAUCGACUCCCUCAGUAGAAGAGCUUCAUGCUGCAUGCAUCCUCCAACGAGCAUUCCGCCGCUGCCUUACUAGGCAAAAGGAGAGAAAAACGCACCGGCUGUCUGGUCGUUCCCUUCAUUUCUUUGCCAUGUGUCUGGACGUGGUUAAAAAGGACAAGUGGGAGAGGUCUCGAUAUAAGUUCUACUUUUUAGGUCCGCUCCCGCAUGUUCUAGCAUGUCUUCAUGCUGCCCAAGCAGCUGUUCUCGCUAAAAAGGAGGAAACGAAGAAAUUGCUCCGAGGCGGCGACGUCAAAAACGAAGCGUGGGAUGACCUUAACUCCCAGCUAACAACGAUCGUCAAUGCACAAAAAGAACUGAAACGAAUGCUGAAGACACUCGAACCCACUGCAGAGGUUCAUCGCUGCCACGACCUGACAAGUUUCAAAGUCCACAUCAGCCAAGCGGUGAACCUCCUUCAAACAUCCCCGUUCAAAGGGUCCGAAGAUCCUCAACUGUAUCUUGACAUGGCCUACAACAGCGUGAGGGAGCCAGUACGGAAGAGUGUGAAGAAAGAGAAGAAGCCCCAGUUGAAUUUGGAUGACGAGAAUCUAAUGUACCUUGACUAUGCGUAA